AUGCGUACAAGAGAAAUGUUACUGUGUGCAGCGGGAAGUAUAUUCAAUGACCUUUGCAAGCGCAUGUUUUCAUUUUGUUUCUUAUUUUUCAUGGAGGUAAUGGAACUUUCAGCUGCGGACACUGGACUUAUAAUACUCAUUGGACAAAUUUUCGACGCUUUGACUUCAGUAAUCUCUGGUUACCUCGGUGAUAUGGUUAAAGUACCCGUUCUUUCACAGAAAAUUGGAAUGCUAAAAUCUUGGCAUCUCCUGGCAACGGUAUUUAUGGGAAUCGUAGAUCCUCUCUACGUCAACCGUUGCAUUCUCUGUAGUGGAAGUCAUCAAACUUGGCUUCCAAUCGUCUAUUACGGUUUCUUGUACUCACUGUAUAACAUGUGUUUUAGCGUGGUGGAGAUAAAUCACCUGGCUUUCAUCACAACUUCAGCUGUGUCGGUUGAAGAACUAACAGAUCUCAGCGCCAUCAGGUUUGCUAUGUUUAUAGUAUUAUAUUGAGUUACACUUAACUGUUCACCCAUUUUGUUUGGCUCUUACCAAAGAUCUACUGGAGGAUAGACGUGUAGUUUACGUCGUCAUCCACACAAUAUAAUUCGUCGAGAAUGUACAGCUCUUAGUGCCAUGAAGUUUGCUUCAAGAGACUUUUUUUAAGACACAUAGUUCAUACGGCAAUCGUAUUUGUUUUAAAUAUACUUGUAUAAAUUACUUGUAUAACUUUUAUAUAACCCAACUCAAGCACGGACACUCUGAGGCCGUUUUUUACUAACUUAUCUUGUAGGAAUGAUAAACGCGAUAUCUAAAAGCAAUUUUUCUUAUUCUUCUCUUUUUCAUGUUCAAAAGGACAAUGUUCAGCUUCCUAAGUGGUAUUUACAUAUACAUGAUCGCCUGGGGCCUUUUCGGACAAGACAAUACCGAUACUCUGGGACCUGAGAGCCUUCCAGAUUUUGUGGUAAAUAAAUGCGUUAAUAGUUCUAUGCUACAAUAUGCUUUGUCAAAGAGGCGGAGGCUGAAUAUAAUGAAAUAAUAAUUAACGCAAUUAAAAAACGGGUUGGAGAAAUUUGGUUUUCUCUCCCUGCGCUGCCUGACAGCCUUUCAGCCUCUUUCCACACAUCUCUGCUGGCAUUAAAAAUUUUUUUUUUUGUCCCGAAAAUGCAACUUUCAAGAUCUGACUGUCAAUUCUCUCCUGGAGCUGCUUUGCAUUUCCUUAUAAAUUAAUUUUCAGAAUUUAGUGUUGGAUCAAGAUAAAAACUUCUAUCUGAUAACUACGACUAUUCUCAUCAGCCGUUGGCCGGAGAAUGGAUAUUUACUACAGGGAGAGGUUACAAGUUAAUCAUUUCUGGGAGUUAAAGAACUAAUAUGAUAGUUGAUUAAUUCUUUUCUAAACAGCACCUCUCGUGGAUUGCGACUGGAACAGGACUCUUCUUUGCAGCCAUCUUCCACAUUGGUACAAAGGAACCUCAAAUAUGUCAGAGUAAAGAAAGCACCACAACGGAUCUUACGGUGAGACAGGAAGCAAAAAAGAUAUUUCCUUUUCAAAUAAUGGUCAUACAAAAGCUUAUUUUUGCGUUCGGAAAGCAGACAACACCAUGGAGUUAAUAGCGGCGCGCUUGUGCGAUUGUUUCUUCUUUCUUCAUUUGAUUUAUCUACAAGAGGAUCUAUUAAUCUGAACGGGUCUUGAAGUUACAUUGCGUGACCAGAGGGAUAGAGGUAUGGUCUACACAUUAUCUAUAGCAACCCAUAAUUCACUCUGGCCACUUUCCCGUUAUUUUGCAAAAAGCUACUGGAAAAUUCAUUGAAGAGUUUGGACCCGAAAAUGCAAGUCUAUGGAUAUGUACUGUGGUGUAUUAUUUUAAAAACCGUCGUUGUUUCUAUUAAAAUUGCAGAUGUAACGUCCUCUGCCACAUCAAACAAAGAUGAAAACGCCACUCGUCCUCAUCUUAAGGGGAAUAGGUCUUAUUUUUGCAUGGAGCUUCUUGAUAUCUAGUGUAUUGUUGCCUCGGUAUUUUUGAGAAUCUAUUAACCAUGACUACGUGCAGGCAUUCCACAAGUUUGAUACAGGUGGUCCCAUCUAGAAAUGUUAAGACAACGUCUUCUUUAAAGCAAAAUAUCUAGUUCAGAAGCGCAUGUCAAUUGGAGAUUAAUAUUAGUGGUCACAGUAAGGAUAUCCAACCCUCAAGCUCUCUUCAGUUAUUUCUAGACUGCAUUCCGCUAAGAAGCUAAAUGUCGACUACGUUAGUAGCUCGAGUUUUACUUCGAAGAACCAGCCGAGUAGAUGGCUAGGAUGGGGCAAAGAAUUUCAUCCGUCAACCUUGCCUUCUAAGGAUCGUCUUUUUGGACAACUUUACUAUAACUUUUUUUCCAGCGCAGCGCAGAACCUUUAGCUUAGCUUGGGUUACUCAGAUUUUUCACUUACAAGUUCCAAAGGGAAAAGAAGUAGAACAAAAACUUAACGAGAAGAAGUCCAGAUAUCCCGUGUUAUAAAAAUAUUAUGGAGAUCAUUUUGAGGAAAUAAAUGUUAAUAGUUGAUCCGACAAAGAGUUAAGACAUGUUCCUAAAGGUGACAUGAUUUAGUUCUAUCGUUGAGCCCUGAGACAGAAAAAACAGACGUUCGUUAAUUGCUUGUUUUGUUUUUUUUUUGCUCAAGAUUCUAGACGGAGCAGUCUUGCUUUUAAGUUUACUAACAUGGUUAUGGCUUCAACUGAAUAUGAAGAACAUCAAAAUGAGAUGGACGGAUGUGGAGAAACCAAAAGCCACGAAGUGCGUGUCAGAAAACGAAGUCUUCUGCAGAAGUUUGCUGUUGCUAUGUUUGCCGACGGGAAAACUGAUCUAGAAGUACAGCAUUUUGAUAGUGAACGCAAGAAGAGUCUACGAACGCUUGAUUUUGACGACAUCCUGUUGAGACUACAACACGAAGAGCACGAACAACCAACGUCUUUUGGUGCCAUGGAAAAUCAAGUUACAAUGGACGGUAUAGACGAUGAUCAUGCAACUGAUGAAGAGUCGUGGAACGCCAGGCAAGAAGAGAUCAAAAACAUUACUGAUAAAGAUAUGUGGAAAAUGACCAACAGCGUGGCCCCCAAGACAUCUUUUUGUACCGUAUUUAGGCAAAGAAAACAUGGAAUGGUGCUUUUCCCGGAUGAUUGUAAAUUUGGUCUCUCUAACUCUGGAUUUGAAGAUGAUGGAGGUGAUGAGGAUAAGAAGGAAAGCCUUUGCGGUACAUCAAUUAAGAAGCAAAAAAAGUCUGUGACUUUCGAUCCUUCUGGAUUUCUGGAAAUGCCGUCAAUGAACGGAACAGAACGACAUGGAUUAAAUCUCGAUCACACGCCUGACAACAAAACGAUUCUGGAUGAAAGUACGCAAGAUUUUUCAAAACGGCACGUCAGAAAAAUCGAAAGAAUAGAAGGUUGCGAUGGCACAAAUAGUUCGUUAACUUCAGCGGAUAACCCUGAUCUUCAUGGUCUCCCUGUUCAAUUGACAAGUUCUACAUCUGAGGGAAGACGUCCAAAAGGAAUCAAAAACUGGCUAAAAGAUCCAAACGUGUACAUGGUAAACCCUCGUGUUUCCAACUAUCCUUGAUUGUUGAUUUAGUUGACUCCCUGUGAUGUUUUUCUCGUGUUUUAAUUUUCAGGUAGCCAUUAUCUUUACAUGUACACGCCUUGCACAGGACUCUGUAUACAGCUAUUUACCGCUAUUCCUCACAGAGAGAUUAUCAUUCCCCAAGGUAUAGUUCAAUCUGAAGUGCUCAGUUGUUUUCAAACUCUUUCAUAAUUAUAAUAAUCUCAUCCUACUUUUGUCCUGAAUCAGGCAGCUACCGCUUAUUUUCCACUCGUCCUCUUAACCAGUGGCUCUCUAGCGAGUUCAACGUGUAAAAAACUGAAAAGGAAAAUUGGAAGUAAGGUAAGACCUAGAUUAACAGGUUCUUCUAGCUGGUCACUCCUCCUUUGUGAUAGUGGAAAUGCAUUGAUUGCGCCAAACGUCUGCUUAUCUACUCGUUGAAAAUGAUUGGCUGAGAGGGGCAAUAAAUCAACGAUCAUCUCAAUGGCUUUAUUUAACUUAGUGGACAAAUGAACCAUGUUUUCUCAAGCAAGUAGUCAGAAGUUCGAUUCCUCAAACGAUUCUCAGACCUUUUCUUUGUUUCUUGCUUGUUAGAGAACCAAGAACAACUUUAUUUGUGAAAUUAGUCUUAGUAACUUUCAUUCUUUCAUUGAUAUGUACAUCAUAGUGGAGCUACCUUCUGGCAAGCUUAUUAGUGAUGGGUGGCGCUGUUUGGAGCUAUUUUAAAACCUUCUCCACCAGACAAUCAACUUAUGCACCAGUGGUUAUGAUAGGAAGUGGUCUGUCCAUUAUGUACGUCAUGGCACUGGUCUUCAUCACCGAGCUGAUAGGGAAAAUAAGGUUAGUGUUUCGAAACAAGUUUUAAUGGUUUCGAAGAAAGACUUAGUCGCAAACUCUGAUCAGUUCAGUUACAGUGCAUUUCCAACCAGCCAUUUUUGAAAUUGAAAUGACGUAGAAUUUCUUUUGAAUGUUGCAAAACAAAAUCCAAACUCAUCCCAACUCUUUGUCAGAACGAAGUAAAACUCUUAUAAAGAGCUAAUGGGAAUUUAAAGUAAAUACAGUUCGAUCGCCUGAAGUUUGGGAAACUCCGAGUUACAUCUGAUCGGUUAGGAGAUUGUUGCGAGUUUUCAAGGCCAGUCACAGAGGGUACUGAAAAAGAACCGUUUCAGUCGCGGACUAGUUCCGAAACUUGAUUAACACCAUGAUUAGUGUGCAUAUUUUCCAGAGUGCUCUCUAUAAGUUUACCAUAAAACUAACAAGGAGAAUUUUUCUGAAAAUCAAGACCUUCAUUUUGAUUGGCGAUCAUUUACCAUUUUCUCUCUUGACGUAAAUGUUUGAUUCAGCAGUGACACUGGGAGGAGAAAUUAAAGACCUGUUGGUCUUAGGGGUAAAUAGUUAAAAAUUACGUAAAUGUUAGUACUAAUGUUGGUUUCCCAGAGAUCAGAGAUGGUUUCUGACAUCAAUGAGUUAAUACGGUGAUUUCCUGUCAGGAAACCAGUGGAUCAGUGUUUUCCAUUAUCACUGUAAUCGCCAGAAUCUCAAGCGGUCUACUUAUCAUUGGUAUACAGGAAUUUUAUCCGGAAGAAAGGUUGGUCUAUCAAAUCUUUAUCGUAAUGUACCUUGGAAGGAACAAGAAACAUGCUAUAUAAAACGUUUAGAUGACCAGCCGAUUUGUUAAAACUCGAAAAGUAUAUUCAACAUGUUUGUCUUUACCAGCUUGACCAGGCCAUCCUUGACAAUUUGAAAUUUUAACAACAGUUUUAAAAUUAUACACGAUUUAGUAAACUCCUCAAUUCCUCUAUUCAAUUUAGAACCAGCUCAAAUGAAGCGGUUAGCAACUACGUACGGCAUGUGUUUGUAAUGGCGCCAGGAGUAUUAACUCUGGUGGGAUUCUUGCUGGUUUUGUUUUUCCAGCCAUCUAACUUCAUCUGCAAAAGUAAAGGUAAG